AAUCUGUUUCGAUUCUCCCUGCUUACUAUUAAAUCAACGGAAAGAUGAUUGCAAACGCCACCGUUCCCCGUUUGGCAUCUGUGGCCGCUCAGGCUCUGCAGCGCCGAACGUACUUCUCGGUUACUAGCUCCCUGCCGCAGGUUCGCGUAUCCCUUGGGGAAAAGGUCGUCCACGGUUUGGCCAUCUUCGGGGGAGUUCUCGCGUACCCGGUUUGGGUCGUAACUCACGUUCGCGAGUACAAGGGCGAGCACUAAGCGCAACGGGGCAACAUUCUAGUAAUAUGUAACAGUCGCGGUCCGUGUGCCUCGCAACCCAUCGGCGAUCAGGCACCAUCGUUGGCAGUAUGAAUAAAUGCAAGGAUGAUCGAUGAUCA